AUGCCUAACCUGGCUCCGUCCCUGUCCUUGAGCCUAACGGCCGGCACCACGGCCAUAUCGGCCCCGGCUUCACUGGUCUCUUCACUGGUCUCCUCUGUACCCUCCUUGACCACGACCGCUCUAUCCGCUGCCCAUAUCUCCUCCUCUCCCCCGCCUUUUCCUCCGCCAAUACCGUCAACCAUGGCGGGGUGGAUUGGUUGGAUCUUUACCUUUGCCUUUCAAGUCGUCCCACGAGCUCUGUAUUGGCUUAUCACUUUUACCACCCUCACUUUGCCCACAUGGCUAUUUACGCUGUUUUCCAUGAGCCUCACCUUCACCAUGAAUUUCACCACCUUAUUGUUGAUCCUCCUAGCUGUCGUCUCCACCGUGAGCUGGUUCAUUCGCUAUCGCUUUAUGAACAUGUACAGUCGCCUGCCCCCGGAGCCCCAGCGCAAAGAAGCCCAAGUCGACCUCUUCCCCGAUAUUCAAGAUGGAGACUCCAAGCCCGGAUUGGCCAGCUACCUUGACGAGUUCCUGAGCGCCAUCAAAGUCUUCGGUUAUUUAGAACGACCCGUCUUUCACGAAUUGACCCGGACCAUGCAGACAAGGAAAUUGAUCGCCGGUGAAACCUUGAUGUUGGAAGAAGAGAAGGGCUUCUGUUUGGUGGUAGAUGGCCUGGUUCAGAUCUUCGUCAAGUCAACCCGUGAUCGCAAGUCGGGGAUGGAAGAAGACGUACACUUUGAUGAUGUGACAUCAGAGGAUGAGGAACACAACUCCAAUGGUCGUCAGGGUUAUCAAUUACUGACCGAAGUGAAAAAUGGCGCUUCCAUGUCGUCGCUCUUUUCUAUCCUGCAGCUGUUCACUGAAGACAUCAAGCUGCGUAACACGCAUAGUUCUAGUUCUAGCAACUCGAGCGUAACACCGGCUUAUACCCCCCGCGGCCCUGGCUCCCUUCCAGUGAGUCCUGGUGUUGACAUACUAGGGAGCCCGCUGUCGAGAGAAGCUGAUCUUUCCGACUUGACGCCUGGUCUUCAUGGUGCCGGCGAAUCGUUAUCGGCAGUCCCUCCAUUGAAUUUGGGAGAGAGCCAUGCUACUCUUCCUGAGCGACCCGCACAGCCGCAAGUUACCCGGCCAUCCGCCAGACGACGAAAGUCAGUGCAUCCAGAUAUCGUCGCCCGAGCGACGGUGGAUACGACCAUUGCCAUUAUUCCCGCUAGUGCAUUCCGCCGAUUAACACGCGUAUACCCAAGAGCGACCGCUCAUAUUGUGCAAGUGAUCUUGACUCGUCUCCAAAGAGUGACGUUCGCGACCGCCCACUCAUACUUGGGACUGGGAACCGACGUGCUGGGUAUUGAGCGACAGAUGUCGAAAUACACGUCUCAUGAUCUGCCCAAUGAUCUGCGCGGCGGUGCCUUGGACCGUUUGAAGAACAAAUUCACACAGGAACGAGACCGCCUCGGACCCGAAGAAGUUGGCAAGGGUAUAGCUCUCCACAACCCAGCUGUGGGACGGAGACGCCGUUCCAGUAGUUCCCUCAGAAAGGAGGCGGUCUUGCAAGCUCGUAUGGAUGGAGGGAGCCGGCCCCUUGCUCUGACUCCCCAGAGGCGACCAACACUUCACCACAACGAGCGAGAUUCGAACGGAGUCAGUCCUGGCGACUUGCUAUCUACAAUUCAGCUCUCUCGUUUUGGACCUCGCCGCGACAAUCUAGGCCCUAGCCUCCAAAGUCCCUUGACAGAGCGAGAGCGUCCUCUAUUCCGACCAGCUGCAGGCAUCGAUGGUCUCUCAUCAUCUCCAUUUCAACGUAAGGAAUCAAUAGACGAAGAAACGCUAUUCCGAGAGUCAAUUCUGGAAUGCAUGAUGAAGGGCAUUGGUCUUAUGGAGAGUACGCGCGAUGCUCUUCGAAAGGGUAGCCAUGCCUCCGGUGACGCAUCUCCUAGGCUGCUGUCUUAUGACUCUCGGCGACAGAAGGCUGUGUUCUCUAACGCAUUUGGGUUCAUUGAUCCCUAUGAAGGAUCCGGAGAUGGCGAGACGGAAUCUAUGAUGUCCAUGUCCGUGACCAGUGCUGGUGGAACAUCGCCGGUGGUCAAUUUGCGCGAAGAACUACGCCAUGACAUUGAAGUCGUUUACUUCCCACAAGGCUCAGUUCUUGUAGAACAGGGUGAGCGCCAUCCGGGUCUUUACUACGUGAUUGAUGGGUUUUUAGAUGUGGGCAUCCCGGUCAACGAGCGGGGGGAUGACCUGGUUGGCUCAUCGCGGUCUACUGCAUCCAAUGCACGGGAGGAACUUUUCCCUACACUGGGCCAAACGAAAACAGGCUCUUCUCGCACUCCAGGCACAACAACAGGUGGUGGUGGUGCUGCUGCCGACUCUCGCCGCAAGUCCCAGUCACGCAAAUCACUUUACUUGAUUAAACCUGGAGGCAUGCAAGGCUAUGUCGGCGCUCUAGCCUCAUAUCGCUCAUACACGGACGUUGUUGCGAAGACAGAUGUAUACGUGGGAUUUUUACCCCGUGCAUCAUUAGAGCGUAUCGCAGACCGGUAUCCGAUUGCUCUAUUAACCCUGGCCAAGCGUCUGACAAACCUCCUACCUCGUCUGCUGCUCCACAUUGAUUUUGCACUUGAAUGGGUCCAAGUAAGCGCGGGACAACCUAUUUACCACCAAGGAGAUGAAAGUGACGCAAUUUAUCUCGUGCUGAACGGUCGCCUGAGGUCUGUCUUGGAAGGUCCCAAUGGCAAAAUGACCGUAGUCGGUGAAUACGGCCAAGGCGAGAGUGUCGGUGAACUCGAGGUCAUGACAGAAUCUACUCGGCCAUCUACUCUCCACGCAAUUCGAGAAACUGAGCUAGCAAAGUUCCCUCGAUCAUUGUUCAACAGCCUGGCGCAAGAGCACCCAGGCAUCACAAUUCAAGUGUCCAAGCUCAUUGCUCAACGCAUGCGUGAUUUGGUAGCACACCCUCUCUCCGAAAAAGCAUUGGAGCAGGCCCAUGUUGGUGGUGUCCAGACGGCGACCUCGACCGUUAACCUCCGCACAGUGGCCAUCGUUCCAGUCACUGCAGGUGUACCUGUAGUUGAAUUUGGCCAUCGGCUGCUGAAUGCCUUGCAUCAGGUCGGUGUGACCAGAGGUGUCACUUCACUCAACCAAGCUGCCAUUCUGAACCACCUAGGCCGCCACGCUUUUACCAAGAUGGGAAAGCUCAAACUAUCACAGUAUCUGGCAGAUUUGGAGGAGAAGUAUGGCUUGGUUUUGUACAUCGCGGAUACCAAUGUCAAUGCGCCCUGGACACAGACCUGUAUCGCACAGGCGGAUUCUAUCUUGCUGGUAGGUGUCGCGGAGGCUUCGUCCAGAAUCGGAGAAUAUGAGCGAUUCUUGCUUGGCAUGAAGACGACCGCACGCAAGGAGUUGGUACUUUUGCAUUCUGAACGGUACUGUUCGCCCGGCUUGACGCGCCGCUGGCUCAAGAACCGGUUGUGGAUCAAUGGUGGUCAUCAUCAUAUCCAAAUGGCUUUCCGCCUGACCGCUGAGCCUUCUCACCCCAACCCCAAAAAGUUUGGAACUGUUCUCAAGCAACGUGUCCAGAUUUUGCAGGCAGAGAUCCAGAAAUACACCUCUCGACGUAUCCAGCAGACGCCGCUGUAUUCAUCACAGACCCCUUUCAAGGGUGAUUUCCACCGCCUUGCUCGCCGGUUAUGUGGCAAAUCUGUUGGAUUAGUGCUGGGUGGCGGAGGUGCGCGCGGCAUAGCCCAAGUUGGUGUGAUCAAGGCGCUCGAGGAGGCUGGAAUUCCAAUUGAUAUCGUUGGUGGUACCUCCAUUGGGUCAUUUAUCGGAGCCCUUUACGCACGAGACGCCGACGUGGUUCCCAUGUACGGUCGUGCGAAGAAGUUCUCUGGCCGUAUGGGAAGCAUGUGGCGAUUUGCUUUGGAUCUGACAUACCCAACGGUCUCGUACACAACCGGCCACGAGUUCAAUCGCGGAAUUUUCAAGACUUUUGGUGAUAGCCAGAUUGAGGAUUUCUGGCUCGAGUUCUACUGUAACACCACCAACAUCAGCCGGUCCCGCGCCGAAUACCAUUCUUCUGGAUACGUGUGGCGAUACGUACGUGCGUCCAUGUCCCUGGCUGGCCUGAUUCCUCCAAUUUGUGAUGAGGGCAGCAUGCUCCUGGAUGGUGGAUAUAUCGACAAUCUCACUGUAGCGCACAUGAAGAGUCUCGGAGCAGACGUCAUCUUCGCCGUCGACGUGGGUUCCCUCGAUGAUAAUACACCCCAGGGCUAUGGCGAUUCAUUGUCUGGAUUCUGGUCGAUGUUUAACCGUUGGAAUCCCUUCUCCUCGCUCCCGAACCCGCCUACACUUUCUGAAAUUCAAGCCCGUCUCGCAUACGUCUCCUCUAUUGACAACCUGGAACGAGCUAAGAAUCUCUCCGGCUGUCUUUACAUGCGCCCGCCAAUCGACCCCUAUGGAACACUCGAAUUUGGUAAAUUCGACGAGAUUUACCAAGUUGGAUAUGCGUAUGGAAAGGAAUUCCUCGAUCGUCUCAAAAACGAGGGAUCUCUUCCUAUUCCCGAGGAGACGGAGGAGAAGCGCAAGUUGCAGCGGACCAUGGCUCCCCGACGCGCUAGUAUCUAA